GAGUAGCCAUUUUGGUCCCACCUAAAACAGACAGACCCGCUGCACUUUGGGCCGCUGGAGAUGGGAGAAACCGAGCCUAUGGCGAGCGUUUCAGUCAUCCGGACCUUUUAAAACCGUCUGCCAAACACCCAUCUUUACCACCGAAGGUCAUGUUGUUUUUUUAAAGCGAGUCAUUUUGGGGGGGAAGAAAGAGGACUGUGGUGAUUUUUGGAAGUGAGGACCGACAGCGCCUUCACGUUAGUUUAGUUAGCUUCACUGACUGAAAGCCGAACGGACAAACGGACUCCGGCUAGCCUGUCGAGUCAAACAAAGGUUACAGCAGGAACAUGUUAAGUGCGCAGCUUAAACACUAAAUACAAGUUGAUUGUAAUUUUUUAUUUUAGUAUUUUUUUACGCUCCGGAAUAUCUCAGGUGCUUGGCUCUAACACGUCCGGUCUGGGCUGAAAAUUGUCACGAUCCAUGCUGAGCCUGUUUUUCCACAGAGAACUGCAAAGCAAAGCAAUAAUAACCAGAUUUCUUGGCUGGUGGAUUUAAAACUGAGGAUUAUUUUUUCACCUCAAACGGCUCCUGGUUAAAGAAGACCAAAUAAAUGAUGUCAACAAAAACUCCUUUACCGACGGUCAACGAGAAGGUGACGGAGGGUCACACAUCUCACAGCAACGGGCGCCAGGAGCUCGGCACACGCUCAGGUCGGACCGGCAUGCGAUCCCGCAGCUCGGACGAGUCGCAGCAACCCCAUGUGGGCAACUACCGGCUGCUCAAGACCAUCGGCAAAGGCAACUUUGCCAAAGUUAAACUUGCCCGGCACAUCCUCACCGGCAGAGAGGUGGCAAUUAAGAUAAUAGACAAGACGCAACUGAACCCAAACAGCCUUCAGAAGCUUUUCAGAGAAGUCAGAAUAAUGAAGAUCUUAAAUCAUCCAAAUAUUGUCAAGCUGUUUGAGGUGAUUGAGACGGAGAGGACCCUCUACCUAGUGAUGGAGUACGCCAGUGGAGGUGAGGUGUUCGACUACCUGGUUGCACACGGAAGAAUGAAGGAAAAGGAGGCCAGGGCUAAAUUUAGACAGAUUGUGUCGGCGGUGCAGUACUGCCACCAGAAGCACAUUGUUCACAGAGACCUCAAGGCGGAGAACUUGUUACUAGACGCAGACAUGAACAUAAAGAUUGCCGAUUUCGGCUUCAGCAAUGAGUUCACUUUAGGCAACAAGCUGGAUACGUUCUGCGGCUCCCCGCCGUACGCAGCCCCGGAGCUUUUCCAGGGGAAGAAGUACGACGGACCGGAAGUGGACGUCUGGAGUCUGGGGGUCAUCCUGUACACGCUGGUCAGUGGCUCCCUGCCCUUUGAUGGACAGAACCUAAAGGAGUUGCGCGAGCGCGUUCUAAGAGGAAAGUACCGCAUUCCUUUCUACAUGUCCACGGACUGCGAGAACCUCCUGAAACGCUUCCUGGUCCUGAAUCCGGCCAAGCGUGGUACUCUCGAGCAAAUCAUGAAGGAUCGGUGGAUCAAUUCGGGAUUCGAGGAGGAUGAGCUGAAGCCUUACACCGAACCAGAACUGGACAUCACAGAUCAGAAGAGAAUAGAUGUGAUGGWGRGUAUGGGCUAUAACCUGGAGGAGAUCCAGGACUCCCUGGCCAAGAUGAAGUAUGAUGAGAUCACAGCCACCUACUUGUUGCUGGGCAGGAAAGCGUCUGAGCUGGAGCCCAGCGACUCUGCCUCCAGCAGCAAUCUGUCUCUGGCCAAACCCAGACCAAACAGUGAGCUUAACGGCCAGUCGCCAUCCCACCUCAAAGUGCAUAGGAGCGUCUCCUCCAACCACAAACAGAGGCGUUACAGUGAGCAAGUCGGUCAGAACGUUCCUCCAGGGAUGGCUCAUCCAAAGAGAAGCCAGACCACCACAGCGGACAACAGUGCAAAGGACGAAAGUGGAGCUCCGCUUCGGAAACCUGGCACCCCCGGCGGCCGAGGCGGUCCGCCUUCCAGCCCCCUGCUGGGCAACGCCAACAACCCCAACAAGGCUGACAUCCCUGAGCGGAAGAAAGGAGCCACCACCGGCCCGACCAAUAACUCUGCUUCAGCAGGCAUGACCAGGAGGAACACGUACGUCUGCAGCGACAGGAACAACGCGGACCGCCUCUCGGUCAUCCCCAACGGGAAGGAGAACAGUGUUGCUGUGUCGCCCGGCGACCAGAGGAACCCGGUGGCAUCCACCCACAGCAUCAGCAAUGCCACCACGCCCGACCGCCUCCGCUUCCCUCGUGGCACGGCCAGCCGCAGCACCUUCCACGGCGGCCAGCUGAGGGACCGCCGCACCGCUACAUACAACGGGCCGCCGGCGUCCCCCACCCUGUCCCACGACGCCACGCCCCUGUCCCAAACCCGUAGCCGUGGAACCAGCAACCUGUUCUCUAAGCUCACGUCCAAACUCACCCGCAGAAACAUGUCAUUCAGGUUUGCCAAAAGAGUCUCAACCGAGUUUGAGAGAAACGGGAGACUUGAGGGCUCAAGUCGCCAUGUACCUGGGGAUCAGAAAGGGGAAAUUAAAGACAGUAAGCCCCGCUCCCUCAGAUUCACCUGGAAUAUGAGAACCACCAGCUCCAUGGAGCCCUGCGACAUCAUGAGGGAGAUCCGCAAGGUGCUCGACGCCAACAACUGCGACUACGAACAGCAAGAGAGUUUCCUGCUCCUCUGCGUCCAUGGCGACGGGCGUGCCGAGAAUCUGGUCCAGUGGGAGAUGGAGGUCUGCAAGCUCCCCCGUCUCUCCCUGAACGGCGUCCGCUUCAAAAGGAUAUCCGGGUCAUCCAUCGCUUUCAAGAACAUUGCUUCCAAAAUUGCCAACGACUUAAAACUAUGAACAAAAGGACUGAAAAGUAUAAGUUAGAAAAAAAAAUUAAAUCUAUAUUCAGAGGUAUUUAAGCUGUACAAUCAUCCAAGUAGCAGUUUCCAAAUGUCUCCUUUUUUUAAACAAAACACAGUAUGUAUUGAACAUUAUAAUGUAUAGAUACAGGCUUUUGGCAAUAAUUACUGAAUUAUCUACUAAUGUCUGUUUUGACCACCAGGGGUCGCCAUUAACAAGUUGAAAAUGAUUUGUCAUGCUGUGAAUGUGGAGAAAAAAAAAAAGCAUUUCUGGUCUUAUUUAUUUCACCUUUUUAUUUUUCUCGGUAAAAAAAAAAAAAAAAAAGAUGUAGCUUUUUGUUUUUUCUCGUGUAAAUAAUGUAUCUUGCUUUCAAGAUGGCUUCACUGCUACACUUUUAAAUUUUUUUGUUUUGUAUUUUGUUAAAAGUUAGAGAUAAUGGGAAGUCCAUGUUGAUGCCCACAUGGUUAAGGUUCACUCAUGUCUCCAUUAAAGCGUCUGUCAACCUGA